AGAUGAUCGAAAAAAGAAGCUCAAACAAAAGAACGAACGAUGAUGCUGCCCGAUACUGCCUGAUACUGGCUCAUCGUCAUGCCCAUAUCUGAAGAGCUGUGCCUCUCUCACCGGUUGACAUGCACCAAGUGGCUUCCGAUUCUUGAUAUACCCGUAGACCACGACGACGACGACGACGACGACGACGACGAGGCGACUGCUGUGUUGCCUGUCCCUGGCCCAAAAAAAUCCCCUUCCGUUCAUGGUGAAAAGAUGGCUCUCCAGCAGAGGCGCCCUGAUAGUUUGACGCAGAGCUUAUAAGGUACCAAUGCAUGAUCGGUCUGAUCUAUCCCGUCUCGUCUGCCUAGCCGUC